UAAGGCUCUCUCUGUCAGUACCUCAUCAGGUGAGUCAUUUAAUAGCCUAAUUGUUAGAAUGGUGAAGUGAGAUUAAAAUAGGGAAAUCCGCUGUAUAGCCAGCCCCACCCUCAAACUGCUUAAGUGUGAGAGCAACAUGGAUGGACUUUAUUCCUUUGCAAAAAUUUUAUCAUUAAAGCUCCAAAUAACUUGCUUUUUCAGAAUAGUUUAUAUUCUUGCUCUUGGCUCUGUUGUAAAUUACCAAAAUGGUGAACAAAGCUAAAAGACUUCACACAUUUUAAGAUCCUUGGCCAAGAGCUAAGUUUGAAUUUGUAUAGAUUGUAGUCUUCAGGCUCUUGGGGCACUUAACUGUAGUUACACUGGGAAUCAUGAAUGUCUUAAUGAUAAUUCAGGGAACUCUAGGGGACUUCAAACUGGAGGGUCUAUUCAUAUUCAAACAAAAUCCUGUCAAAGUUAAUGUUUAACCAAGAGGAAGCACCAUAACCAAAAGCACAGUGACUAUUGUACAAGUCAUCUUUGGUCAACGUGGUUUUUUUUAUUGCUAGAAAGGUCAUGGGAGGAGGGGGUGUUUAGAUUUAACUUUGGCUCACCAACCUUUCUAAUACUUCAUUUCAGUAAUGACUAGAAAUAGGUCUGGAUGUCUUCCCAGAGAGUCUGGUAUAUAUGUUCCUUUUGGUCAGGAGAGGAGAGGUCUUCAUGAGGCUUCAUUUAAAUUCUGAUUAUUAAACUGAGGCUUUAAUUGGUGUCAAUGCCUUAUCUCUAAAAUGUAAAACUAGAAUUUGCUUGGGGUAGGGGAUGGGGAAGUGGUAUUUUUAGGACUAAUACAUUGAAAACUGAUUCAGUCUCUCCAGUGACUUGAACAGUUUUCAAUAGCAUGGUUAGUCAAAUUCAUUAUGACUUUUAACUUAUAAGAAGCUUUUGGGGUAGGUUGGAGUAUUUAUUACAUAUUUUACUGUUUAAUGUCUAACGGCCUUUUAAUUUGUAAACAUUUAUUGAAAUGAUUGUGGGGCUGUGGAAAACAUUUACCUAUUUACCUUUGAAGUAAGUUUUAAGACAGUCCACUUUUUAGCAUGUGUGUUGUGUCCAGCCUGUGGUUGUCUGAACUAAUAAAUGUGAUUUUUCUCCCCAUUCUCGCUUUUAUUUAUUUGUGUAUAGGCCUCUUCCCUGGUGUGUAUUUCCUGAUUGGAAAACACGAUAAUGGAGCCCAGCUUUUAAUAGAGUUUAGAAAGAAUUUUUAAAACAAAAUUGUUCUCUGGCAAAACGGUCUUAAAGGGUUUUUUUGUUUUGGGUUUUUUUUUUUUUUUUUUUUUUUUUUUGUGUUUGUUUUGUUUUACAAACUUCUGCACACGUGCUUGUGUAGCCUGUCCUGCAACAUGUUACACUUAAUAAUAAAUUAACAGUUAAAAUUUAACUGCUAAGCUGUCCUCCAUAAACUGCCUGUUGGUAGUUGAAUGUAUUAGCUUGUAUCUGCAUUAAUUUUUCAAGGUUACCCUAACCACUUUUAAGGGGAGCUAGGAGUAGGAAUCAUGGGCUUUUCCUCUGGGGUGUGCUGUUUUUCACUAAUUGGGCAGUUCUGAGAGUUGAGUGUGAAUGAAAAUUUGUGAGGUCACAAGUGCCUGCCAGCUUAGGUAAUCCUGGAUCUGUCUUAAAACAGGUAACCCAUCUUGUCAUGUAGAAGGGUUUGUCUGUGGUAGGGAAAAUUGCCUUUAUAUUAGAGAUUAUUAACGUGCCUCCAUAUUGACCUGCGCGGGUUGCUUAAAAUCUUUGGGUUCCUUUAUAAAAAUAUUCGGGGGGGGGGCGCGGUGGAAGCACUGCUAUCUGAGAACGCUGUAAAGCCCAUCUGCGUUUGCUGUCACACAGCACCAUCCCCAUUCCUGUAGGUAGGCAACAUGGCGGCAGCGUUUAUGAUGAGGUACAGCUAAGGCCUGGGUCUCUAAACCACCACAAAGGGCUAAGACUAGUGGGAACUGAUUUAUUUUCGCGAACACUUAAAUUUGAAAAGGUGCAUUUAAAUGAUUUGGGCAACGCUUAAGUAUUUUGAUGUGAUUUGCAAAAAAUUGAGAAGCCGAGCUGACUUCCAGUACAGUAUGACCGUGAAAAGAAGGGAAUGACCUUCAAGGGGUGCUAAAAUCCUAAUUAGAGGGGGCCAAACUUGAUGGAGGCCAGAAACGGUACGAGGUCGGCUUUAGCCUUCACAACUGGGCCGGGCCCACGAUGGCUGCAGCCGGAACACGGUGACGCGCUUCCGUGGGUGUGGCCGGCCUCUCGCUCGGUCACUUCCGUCGCGCGUGCGCAGUUGCCUCCCGGGCUCCUGUUAGUGGCGGUUUCCCGGCGUCAACCAGUUAGUGCAAGACCGUUGUUUAACUCCCGCGGGCGAUGCGUUCUGGCGCAGCAGUCAGGGCCUGCCAGAAAGUGUGCAGGUGCCUGUUGUCUGGCUUUGGAGGUCGAGUGGAGGGGGGGCAGCCUGAGCCGUUAAUGGAAGGGAGUAGUUCCUUUGGAGUGCCCGUGAGGUCGCACGCGGAGCUGCCUCGGGGGAGCGAGCCGAUCGAAGCCCCCGAGUCCAGUGAGGGGACCGAGGAGCUGCUAGAGAUCUGUCAGAGAAGGCAUUUCUUCAGUGGCAGCAAGCGGCAGCUUAGCCGACAUUCUCUUCUGAGCGGGUGCCACCCCGGCUUUGGCCCCUUGGGCGUUGAGCUGCGGAAGAACCUGGCAGCAGAAUGGUGGUCCUCGGUGGUGGUGUUCAGGGAGCAGGUCUUCCCGGUAGAUGCCCUCCAUCACGAGCCUGGCCCUACGCUGCCUGGGGACAGUGCCUUCAGGUUAGUUUCAGCAGAAACUCUACGGGAGAUCUUGCAAGACAAAGAGCUGAGUAAGGAACAGCUAGUAGCAUUUCUUGAGAACUUAUUAAAAACUUCUGGGAAACUACGGGAGAACCUUCUUCACGGUGCUUUGGAGCACUAUGUUAAUUGCCUGGAUCUGGUAAACAAGAGACUACCUUUUGGCCUUGCCCAGAUUGGAGUGUGUUUUCAUCCUGUUUCUGAUACUAAGCAGACACUUGAUGGUGUUAAAAGAAUCGGUGAGAAGACUGAGGCUUCACUGGUUUGGUUUACUUCAGCAAGAACCGCAGGCCAGUGGCUUGAUUUCUGGUUACGUCAUCGACUCCUGUGGUGGAGAAAGUUUGCUAUGAGUCCGUCUAACUUCAGCAGCAGUGAUUGUCAGGACCAAGAGGGACGAAAAGGAAACCAACUUUAUUACAGCUUUCCGUGGGGAAAGGAGCCAAUAGAGACCCUAUGGAAUCUAGGAGACCGUGAACUUUUACACACGUGUCCUGGAAAUGAGUCUCAAUUACACGGCCGAGAUGGACGAAAAAAUGUGGUUCCAUAUGUUUUAUCUGUUACUGGAAAUCUGGACCGAGGUGUGCUGGCUUACCUCUACGAUUCUUUCCAGCUCACAGACAACUCCUUUACAAGGAAGAAGAAUCUUCAUAGAAAGGUACUUAAACUUCAUCCUUGUUUAGCCCCUGUUAAGGUUGCUUUGGACGUGGGAAGAGGCCCAACGGUGGAAUUAAGACAGGUCUGUCAAGGGUUAUUUAAUGAAUUACUAGAAAAUGGAAUUUCUGUGUGGCCUGGUUAUAUGGAAACUGUGCAGUCCUCAUUGGAACAACUUUACUCAAAAUAUGAUGAAAUGAGUAUCCUGUUCACAGUUUUGAUUACUGAAGCUACUUUGGAGAAUGGGUUAAUACAUCUGAGAAGUAGAGACACCACAAUGAAGGAAAUGAUGCAUAUAUCCAAAGUAAAAGAUUUUUUGGUCAAGUAUAUAUCAUCAGCUAAGAAUGUGUAGAUUUUAAUAUUUGUGUAAUAAAUAUUCUCCUUUCCUAA